AUGGCGACCAAGAGAUUGAUGGCUGCAUUUGUGCUGCUCAUAUUCUUUUUUCCUAUGGCUUUCUGCAUCGGCAACAGCAACAAGAACUACAUAGUGGAUUUCGGAGAGCAGCAUAAAGAUGUGCAGCUUCAUGAAAUGGAAGACAUUCAUCGUUCUUAUCUGCGUCUCGUGAAGGAGACAGACGAAGAAGCAGAAGCUUGUCAUCUUUACAGUUACAAGCACAGCUUCAAUGGCCUCGCGGCGUCCCUCACUCCAGAAGAAGCCUCCAGACUUGCCCGAAUCAAAGGAGUGGUGUCAGUGCGAGAGAGCAAGGGAAGAAAGGCCUACUCUCUGCACACCACAAGAUCAUGGAACUUUCUGGAUUUGAAGCACCCUGCAAAUCAUGAUCAUGAUGAUGAUGAUGAUGGCAUCUUGUCCAGAGCUAAGUAUGGCCAAGACAUCAUAGUCGGCAUACUUGAUACUGGAAUUUGGCCAGAAUCCAAGAGCUUCAGUGAUGAAGGAAUGGACCCGGUUCCUGCCAGAUGGAAGGGAAUCUGCCAAAAUGGAACUGCUUUCAAUGCAUCUACCUGUAAUCGAAAGAUCAUUGGAGCUCGGUACUACCUGAAUGGAUAUCAAGGCACAUUUGGUCUUCUAGACGAAUCCCAGGACAUCAAAUCAGCUCGUGACAAAGACGGCCACGGCACUCACCUGGCUUCCAUCAUCGCCGGACGCACCGUUCCGAAUGUCAGAGGCUACGGCGGUUUUGCCGGUGGCACCGCGUCCGGAGGCGCCCCCAUGGCCCGCCUCGCCAUAUACAAGGUAUGCUGGGUUUGGCCAGGCAGUUCUUUUGAGUCAGGGAAUCACUGUGACGACUUGGACAUCACCAAGGCUUUCGACGACGCCAUCGGAGACGGCGUCGACGUAAUAAGCUUCUCCUUCGGUUUCGAUGACGCUCAGAAUUUUGUACGCGACAAGAGUGCUAUCGGAUCCUUGCACGCCUUGAAGAAGAAUAUCGUGGUGGUUUCUAGUGCCGGCAAUAGCGGACCUGAUGAUCAAACUGUGACCAAUGUUGCUCCUUGGCUCAUCACUGUUGGUGCUAGUCAUACAGAUCGAACCUUUCCUGCUCCUCUUGUUCUUGCCAAUGGCACAAAAAUUCAGGGACAAUCAAUCACUCCAGUGCAAAUGGACAACAGUUUGCACAGCUUGGUGUUGGCCAGCGAUGUUGAAAAACCAACGAUUUCUGAAACAGAUUCAGGGUAUUGUCUGGACGGCAGUCUUGACUCAGAGAAGGUGAAAGGGAAGAUAGUGAUGUGUCUGAGGGGGAAAGGUAGUCCAUUACAUCAAAGCCUGGAAGUUAAAAACAAAGGUGGGCUAGGUUUCAUCUUGGGAAAUGAUCCUGAUCAUGGGAAUGAUGUUUCCUGUUUGCCCAAUCAAAUUCCAUCCACUGGUGUUGCUUUUGAGGAUACCAAAAAGCUCAUCCAUUACAUAAGAACUACUAAGGACCCUAAGGCUCGCAUUCUUCCUGGGCGCACAUCCUUCAAUUCUAAACCGGCACCCACCAUUACCUCCUUCUCUGGUAGGGGUCCAAAUCCUAUUGACCCUAACUUCAUAAAGCCUGACAUAAUAGCUCCAGGAAGCGAGAUAUUGGGAGCAUGGACAGAUGUGGAUGGGCCUACAAGAAAUAGUAAGGGUGGCGACAUGAGAAAGACUCAGUACAAUAUAAUGUCUGGAACUUCUGUGUCUACUCCUCAUGUUGCUGCUGCAGCAGUUCUUAUCAAAGCCAUUCACCCUACUUGGAGUGCAUCAGCUAUUAAAUCUGCCCUCAUGACCACAGCCUCGACGACAGAUAACAUAGGAAAUCCAAUAACGGAUCAAGAUGGAAAACCUGCGACGCCAUUCGAAAUGGGAUCAGGCCACCUGCGACCUCUGAAAGCAGCAGAUCCUGGACUGGUUUAUAAUGCCACUUACGAGGAUUACGUUCUUUAUACCUGUGGCCUUGGACUGACACACGGCAUGAAUAUUCCGUAUCAAUGUCCAGCUGAAGUGCCUGAACCAGUCAACCUCAACUACCCAUCCAUACAAAUUUCCAGGCUCCUUGGAACCAAGACCGUUACUAGAAGAGUCACCAACGUUGGACGCAGCAAUUCUACUUACACCUUCCAUUCUGAGGCACCCAAGGAAUAUACUAUCACUGCCUCUCCGAAUGUUCUGGUGUUUGAUCAUAUUGGUCAGGAAUUGAGCUUCAACAUCACCAUCACAGUCGUUAGCUGGAAUUACCCCACCCAGUACGAUCCAGAUCUCUAUUAUUUUGGAUCCUAUGCUUGGACUGCUAAAGACCAUGUCGUGAGAAGCCCUGUCGCCGUGUCUUUCCCAUAAAGUUUUUUCUUAUCAUACAUUAUGUUUAGGUUCGUUUUCUAGCUUAUUUCAUGAUUUAACUAAUUUAAUGUCUUUGAAUUAGGAGAGGUUUGAUAUUCAGAACAAUGAGUGUACUACUAAAUCAUUGACGUUAAGUUUA